UCUUGUUCAAAAUUCUACGGAACUGUAAAAGGAACGGUGUAUCUGGCAUCUAAGAACAUUGUAGUAGUUGUUUUGUUCUCAGUUAAGGUUUUAACAAGCCAAAUACACUAGAUAAGUCUACAAGUGAGCUAUGGCACGUACCAAACAGACCGCCCGUAAAUCCACUGGUGGAAAAGCACCCAGGAAACAACUGGCCACAAAGGCUGCAAGGAAAAGUGCGCCAUCUACUGGCGGUGUGAAGAAACCUCACCGAUACAGGCCGGGCACAGUGGCUCUGAGAGAAAUUCGUCGGUACCAGAAAUCCACUGAGCUGCUGAUCAGGAAGCUGCCUUUUCAGCGGCUGGUCCGUGAGAUUGCCCAGGACUUCAAGACAGACCUCCGCUUCCAGAGUGCUGCCAUUGGUGCUCUGCAGGAAGCCAGUGAGGCAUACCUUGUUGGCCUGUUUGAGGACACCAACCUGUGUGCCAUCCAUGCCAAGAGGGUCACCAUCAUGCCCAAAGACAUCCAGCUGGCCAGGCGAAUCCGAGGCGAGCGUGCAUAAUAUGAACACUUUGAACUCUUCGAGGGAAGGUGGGUGGGGUGCUCAACCAUAAAUUACUAUGCUGGACAAAAAUGUUCAAAUGCAACAAUUUCAUUGCUUUUACUGAGUUCAUAAGGCAAUCAGUCAAUUUAAAUACAUUAAUUAAUCCCUAAUCUAUAGAUUUCAUAUGACUGGGUACAAUGGUUGGUCACAAAUACCUUAGAAUGGGACUCAGGAUCUCAUCAGUUUUGAGCAUUCAAAUUGCCAUUGAUAAAAUGCAAUUGUUUCCAUUGUCUGUAGCUUAUGCCUGCCCAUACAUAACCYSWC